AUGUCUGAAUCACCCAAGUCCGAGAAGUACAUGUGCCUGACUCGGUUCAGCACGCCAGUUCCCGAAUUAGAUGAUCAUCGAUUUCAACUCGAUUCUGCACCUCGAAUCGAGGCUACCGCUGAUGUCUCUCUCAGCCGGCAAAACACUUCUCAGCAUGCCUACCCUCAAGAGACGCCUCAGCGUCCCGAUUUGCUCUCAAUUCAAGAUGCGCUUCGGGAAGCGGGGUCGCUUUCCCGGGAUUUCGAGCAAGCUAUACUGGAUGAUGAUCGAUCAGGCAAAGAUGUCAAUACCUUGGGCCGUCGUUUCUCCGUUGAUCCAACCGGUAAUGUCCGCCAUGGCCGUACGUGGAGCCGAACCCACCAGGAACUUGCGAAUAUGUCACGGGAAUCAUCUCCCUCAGCUAGGUCAUCGUCGCCUCCGAAUUCGGUUGAAGCCUUCGCAGACCCCCGCCGCCGCGAGCGUGCGAAUACACUGGAGAGCCAUGCGGCCCCAGAUCUCGAGGCCAUUCUGCAGCGCACAGUGUCCGGCGGUACUCAUCCCCGCCGUCCGACCUUUAGUAACGCAAGUGCUAUCAGACCGCAACCAGGCGAUAUCCAGCUAGAACCAAGCGACGAGACUUGCGUGCCGACUUAUGAGCAACCUGGCAGGAUCCCGGUGAUCGACUACGAGGAAUUGGAGGAAUUUGUGGCUCUGAGCCGGCAAAUGAAGCCCUCGACUACUCGGCGUAAGCAGAGUCUAAGCUCUCAAAGUCGGGGACCUCGCGUUUUCUAUGAUCUGCGCCCAGGGCUUCGGAAGUCUGAUGUUGAAGGCGAGAAGCGUUCUUCGAGUGCUGAUCGCUCUUCUUCGGACCUUAUGGACGCGGAUUUGAAGACAGCCGAUAAGGUCUAUGCGAACGUCGUGGAUGAAAAGGACAUAGUGGAAAAGCUUCAGAAUGAGAACGAGCCGACCCGCUUCGGCUUUUUCUCAUCCGAGUCCCAGAGCACUGUGCAUGCGGCGGAGCUGGGGGACCUGGUGCUCCCUGGUGAUACUUUCCGGGAUCUCUUUCAACUUGGCCCGGAGGGAGGUGUGUGGUGGUUGGACGUACUCAAUCCAACGGAGGAGGAAGUUGCCGCACUCUCGCGGGCCUUUUCCAUCCAUCCACUGACAACGGAAGAUAUCUUGACUCAAGAAGCCCGUGAAAAGGUUGAGCUUUUCAAGCAAUAUUACUUUGUCUGCUUCCGGACAUUCUAUCAGCUCGACAAGACAGACGAACGCUUCAUGGAGCCCGUCAACUUUUACAUGGUUGUUUUCCGCGAUGGUGUCCUCUCAUUCUCAUUCACCGAGAAUCCACACGCGGCAAAUGUCAGGAAGAGAAUUGGGAAGCUCCGUGAUUAUGUGUCCCUCAGUAGUGACUGGAUCUGUUAUGCCAUGAUUUUUGGGCCUGUCAUCCGAGAGAUUGAGAUCGAAUCUGAGGCAAUUGAGGACCUCGUUUUCAUCGCGCGCGUCGACGAUUUUGAAUCCUUCUUACCACGGAUCGGUGGCCUUCGUAAGAAGGUCAUGAGCUUGAUGCGCCUUCUAGGUGGCAAAGCAGAUGUCAUUCGUGGUUUCUCCAAGCGUUGCAACGAGCAGUACUCCGUCACUCCGCGUGGAGAUAUUGGCCUGUACUUAGGUGACAUCCAAGAUCACGUGGUGACCAUGAUGUCAAACUUGGCCCACUUCGAGAAGAUGCUCAGCCGCUCACAUACCAACUAUCUUGCGCAGCUCAAUGUCACUAACCUGGUGCUGGGCAAUCAUGUCAAUAAAGUCCUGAGCAAGGUGACGCUGAUUGCUACCAUGCUGGUACCGAUGAAUCUGAUCUGUGGUCUGUUCGGAAUGAAUGUCCGAGUUCCUGGUGAAGGGCAGGAAGGCCUGGGAUGGUUCUUUGGCAUUGUGGGGGUCAUUGCAGCUGUUAUUGUCCUCAGUGUGUGUAUACCGUGCCUUGCUCUUGACCCGCUCUCUGAUUCCGCCCUCUUGAUCUCCAGCAACGACACGAAUGCGGUUCUAAACGACAUCGCAGAACAAUUCAUAUUCCCCCAUGGAUCAUACAGCGGACUUGAGGUUCAGGAUACCGUGAGCGAAAAUGGAGAAACUCGAGGUCUCGACCUUGUUCGCCGGGUUCCGCCUGGCGUAUCAUCUCUAGGGAACAACCAGUUCAAGACCAGCGGUAUCAAGCUCGGAGAGACUCAAUGGUGGUAUUUUCCCAAGGAGUCCGUGAACGGCAAGAAAUCUAACGUCACAUCCGGGCUCCCUGAGAGGAUUUCUGUUGACGGGACAAGCCAGCAAACUGUCAGUUCGGACGAACUUCGGAAGCGCGACGGAGACAUCGUGAAGCGCUCGACCUCCGUAUAUCUCUCUCUGACGAUGUGCUCAAAGCCCGAGAUCAACAAUACCAAUGGCACUAUUCCUGACUCUAUCCCAUCAUUACCGGAAUUGAAUUUGUACGUUUCUACCUCGGAGUCGCUCCAAAAACCGGGCCCGGGACAAGAUAGCUCAAAGCAGGAAGUGUUCACGGCCGAUGAGGGCUAUGUGGGAGCUUCUGUGCAGGCAGACGGGGAUGUCUUCAUAGGCGUCGCAGUGCAGAAUUCGACGGCCGUUGUGGACGAGCCAUUUUUACAUUUUGUCGACGCGGACAUCCAUGCUGCACUCUUGACAACAGACAAUUUGACCCUUUCAGAAGAGGGGAGCGAGAAUUAUCAGCAGUGGAUGAAUCUAACACCGCCAUUCACGAUGUUUGCUCAUAAUGUGAAUGAUACGGUAAUCUCCGGUCUUCAACGGUCAUACUGUGCUCUUGAGCAAUUAGCCCAGAUUAGAGAAGGUGACCACGGCGUCGAAGGUGGGAUGACAAACCGUGGUCUGGGCAAGAAACCUAAAGAGCAGUUCUACAUCACCGGUCUCAACCGGACUUCCAAUUACUCUGGAAUUCUCGCAAUGGAUGGAAACUCAACCAACUCAGGGAACGGGAUCGUUGGCGGAGGAGGGAGGGUCUGGAAACCCAUGUACUUUGCAACCAAGUCAGAUGACAACUGUGCCGUCCUUUUCAACCUGACGUUCUGCUCCGAAGUUGCGUACGCAGUCCCAUCAAACCCUGAUCUUGGGAUCGCACAACUUGGUGCGAAAUACGACAAAUAUGCCGAGUCUCUGUACAAAAACUUUUCCUAUUCCCUGGAUCAGAUCCAAUGCAACGCAACCAACGAAACCAGCUUCUCUUUGGCUGUGAGUUGCAACGACUGUGCGGAUGCUUACAAGCAAUGGCUUUGUGCAGUGACCAUCCCCCGUUGCGCCGACUUCUCGAGCAACGGCCUGUUUCUCCAGGUCCGAAAUGCGGGCCAACAAUUCAUCAACGGCAGCUCUCUCAGCCCCACCGACCCCAGGCGCAGGGAUCCUGCGCAGAACAAGUCGCGCAAUUCCAUGAUAGACGAUCAGAUCCGCCCGGGCCCUUACAAGGAGAUCUUGCCGUGCCAGGACAUCUGCUAUAGCUUGGUGAAGCGCUGUCCCGCCGCCCUUGGGUUCAGUUGUCCCCAGGAUACGCGACUCAAUUCUGCCUACGGCCAGCGCGGUUCGAGCAGCGAGAUCACCUGCAGCUAUCCGGGGGCAGCGUAUGACUUGAACGCCGGACGGACCCUCCGCGAGCCUCUGGGGUGGCUUUUACUUGCAACGGGGAGCUUCUGGUUUUCUUUCUGGGCUCUCAGAGUGGACGCUUAG